AUGGCUUGGUGGCUGUCUUGGGCGUGCUUCACUUUCUGCCUCGACGAGUUGCUAGCGGUGGACUUUCCCGCCGGCGAGGGCGCCCUGUACUCCGAAAGCAUCACCCGGAUCCUCGACAAACUUUUGGAGGGUUACGACAAUCGGCUCCGACCCGGUUUUGGAGGCCGAGGCAACCCAGGAGCUGUGACGGAAGUCAAGACAGACAUCUAUGUAACCAGCUUUGGUCCCGUAUCAGAUGUGGAAAUGGAAUAUACAAUGGAUGUUUUUUUCCGGCAAACCUGGAUUGAUGAGAGGUUGAAAUUUGGUGGGCCCACUGAAAUUCUGAGACUGAACAAUCUGAUGGUCAAUAAAAUCUGGACCCCAGAUACCUUUUUUAGAAAUGGCAAAAAGUCCAUUGCUCACAAUAUGACGACCCCUAACAAACUUUUCAGGAUAAUGCAGAAUGGGACAGUUCUAUAUACAAUGAGACUUACCAUUAAUGCAGACUGUCCAAUGCGACUGGUAAACUUCCCUAUGGAUGGGCAUGCUUGUCCACUGAAAUUUGGGAGCUAUGCUUAUCCUAAAAGUGAGAUGAUUUAUACCUGGAAAAAAGGACCACUCCAUUCUGUGGAAGUACCACAAGAGUCUUCCAGUCUUCUCCAGUAUGAUCUUAUAGGACAAACAGUUUCUAGUGAAACAAUUAAAUCCAAUACAGGUGAAUAUGUAACAAUGACUGUUUAUUUCCACUUACAAAGGAAGAUGGGCUACUUCAUGAUACAGAUAUAUACCCCUUGCAUCAUGACAGUCAUCCUUUCACAGGUUUCUUUCUGGAUCAAUAAGGAGUCUGUUCCAGCUAGAACUGUUUUUGGGAUUACUACUGUCCUAACCAUGACCACACUGAGUAUCAGUGCCCGGCACUCUUUACCCAAGGUGUCUUAUGCUACUGCCAUGGAUUGGUUCAUCGCUGUGUGCUUUGCCUUUGUCUUCUCUGCACUUAUCGAGUUUGCAGCUGUCAACUACUUUACCAAUCUUCAGAGUCAGAGAGCAAUGAGGAAGGCAGCCAGGGCAGCCACACUAGCAGCCAUCCUCUCUGCAGCUACCAUACCGGCGGAGGAUGAGAGAGUCUCGCAUUCUGAUGCCAACUGCAACCUGAAGAAGCGGAUGAACUCUAUGAUAUCUCAAACAGAGCAGUCUCCUGAAGCAGGCAUAUUGUCCAAUAGUGCAUCUCAAUGUCAGCCAUCAUCUGUUCCUUCACCACCACCAUUACCACCACCACUUCCACCAAUUGGAGGGACAAGUAAAAUAGAUCAGUACUCCAGGAUCCUUUUCCCGGUGGCAUUUGCGGGAUUCAACCUAGUAUACUGGGUGGUUUACCUUUCAAAAGACACAAUGGAAUUUUUCGAACCUACUGCAAUGCAUCUCCAAAAUGAUCAUCAAGCCAACUGA